AUGAAUGUUGUGUGCAUGAUGCAUGUGGUUAUAGAUACCUACCAUACCUACCUGUGCUGUGAGUGGAAUUUAGGGGGUGGGCUCCAGUCUCAUUUCAAAAUGGCAGAACUUGGUAUAACUGAUUUAAACAAUAUUUUAGAUGAACUGAAGCUUUUUUCUAAGAACAGAUGGGAAUCCUUUGGUUUAAAGGCUGGUCUCUAUCAGCCUACAUUGGAUAAAAUUAAGGCUAAGUACAAAGAAGAUAUUGAAUUGUGCUUUAAAGAAUGUCUGUCUUUCUGGUUGAGAAAAGAAGACAAGGUAAAUGAGGAGGGGGAACCAACAUGGCUGAGACUAGCCAAUAUAGUGGAGUACACUGGAGACAGAGCCAUAGCAGAAGAAAUCAAGAAGAACCAUAAUCCUCAUGAUACUGAUCCUCAUGAUGCUGAUGAUUCCAAUGUUGAAAUUGGAAGUACAACUGGGGCAUUUGAUAGCUCUAAUUCUGACACGAUUGAACUGGUCAUUGCCAUUAAUGAUUAUGACAUGGAAGAAGAGUAUGCUGCAAUGAAUCGGAAAUUAUCAAAAAUAUUAACAUUUGCUAUUAAAGAUAUAUUCAAUAAGCAAUCUUUGGAAGAUAUAAAAGCUUAUUUAGCAGGACUUCAUCGAGAAAGUACAGAAAUGAUCAAAAGAAUCAAGGAAACUGUUGAUAAAGUUGAUCUAAUGGCCUUGCUUAGAAGCUAUUUUUCUUUGUCAAAUGUUUCUGCAUUGAAAGACUUUGUUGAAGAUUUGGAGAUUGACCAUAAUUCAAAGGAAUUAGCUGAUCUCCUGAACAGACAAAAUACCUUUUAUGAGAAUAUUUUAGCAAAAGAUUUUGCAAAGAAAGCCAUUGAAGAUCAUAAAAUGUGCAAGACCGAUUCGAUUAUCACUUUCAAAGUUUCAUGGAAUCAAGAUACAGCAACAUUAAAGGAGUUUGAGAUAUUUCUUUCAAGAGCUUUUAAGAGUCAUAAAAUAUACAUAAGAUUAAGAGUUGUGUGCCAAAGUCUUUUGACCUUUGUAUGUUCUAUACCAAACUGGCUCUUAGAAGAAAUAACAGAAUAUGUAAAUAAAAGGAAAGAUCACUUAAUAUCCGAAGGGGUUGUUGAAGUAACCAUUGACAGUGCUAUCAUUUUUAAUGUGGAAGGAGGUUAUGCAGCUAUAAUUUUUUAUGAACCAAAUGAUACAAUGACAUUUACUGCUGUGCCUUCUAAUCAGUUACCUGCUUUAUUGAAGUUUAUCAAAGAAAAUCAUUCCUUUGCUGAAGUUGAUGUGAUUCAUUAUUUUCAUUUCAAAUCAUUACAUGGUUUCAUUGAGUUGAAUCUUUUUGAAAAGCCACCAACAGGAUGGACUGUUAAACCAGUUGUUAAACCUUGCAGAUUGUAUCAAGAUGACAUUGAUAAAUUUAAUGGUAUUGAUUGUUCUGUUCCUCCAUGUUGCCUAAUGUCAAUUUGUGGAUUGUUUGAUCCUAAAACCAAAUCUGUUCUACACUACCCUGUAUCUUUGAAUGGCAUAGAAUACCCUGUGACACUGUCUGUUCACAGAGUGGUAAAAUCUACCAUUCCUACAUCACCAAUUAUAUCUUAUACUGGAAUUGUUUAUUAUGAGAGAAAAGAAGAUGAUUACUUGGUAGCAUUUAUAGCUGCAAGGAAUUUGAAAAGUCUUGUUAAGUAUAUUGAAGAACAACAUCCAUUAGCUAACAUUGUUAAACUUGUAAAUUUUGAUUUUAAUUCAAAUCUUGGUUAUAUCAAGCUUAACUUUAAUGCUACUACUCAAGACAAAUCAUUGACUCAGUGGACUACUGAACCUCAAUCAGGCAAAUUAUUUCAAAAGGAUGUUGAUAAUUUUGAUGAUGCCUUAGAUUAUCCUCAAUCUUGCCUGAUAUCAUUUUAUGGAACACCUGAUGCUGCACAGUCUAUGCAGUAUUCCUUAUUGAUUGAGGGUGUGGCUGAUGGUGACACUUUAUUUAUUGAUUUUACACUAAAUCCGUCGUUAUCAGGUGAAGUUUUGUACAUUGGAUUGGUAUAUUAUGAAUGGAAAUUAACAGAAUACUUAAUGACAUUUAUUGCAGGGAAAAAAGGCACCGAACUAAUUCAAUAUAUUGAAGAGUAUCAUCCACUAGUGGAGAUUGAUCAAAUUUUUACUUUUUCUUUCAGUUCACCUCAUGGUUUUAUUGAACUUAUAUUUGAUAGUUCACAGGAUGAUUCUUGUGAAGGAUGGACUGUACAACCAUUUGUUAAACCAUGUAGAUUAUAUCAAGAUGACAUUGAUAGAUUUGAUGACUCUAAUUAUCCUUUUCCUCCAUCUUGCCUUACAUCAGUCCAUGGAUCAUUUGAUGCUGUUCCUAAACUACGUUACUCUAUACCACUGAAAGGUGUGGUUGGCACAAUGGCGAUAUUUAUUGAUCUAAAACUUCAGUUGGAAAAAGAUGUAGCUAAACUCAUUAAUGAAUUGCACAGUAUUGAAGCUACUUUUAAAGAAGAGAUGAAUAAAAAAGAUGGAGAGAUUGCUGCAUCAAAAAAGAAAUUGUAUGACUCACUUCAGAAACAGUCAAUGAUAGCAAAAGAAAAGCAAGAGCUUUCAGAAAGAAUGAUGACAUUAAUAAAAGAACAAGAAAUACCCAAAAAGCCAGAAUCAUUGAAGUUAUUUGACUAUGAUGUAUCUAAAUUAGAAAUUGUCCUUCAGCCUAUGGAAGAUCUUUGGUUUCAGUUGGGACAUCAGUUAAAUGUGGAGGUAUCUUUAUUAAGUGACAUACAAGAAACAAAAGAUACAAAGGAGCAGAUGAGAUCAUUAUUGCAACUUUGUUCUGACAAAGGAGUGACAAUGAUGCAGUUGGAAGGAGCUCUAGAAGCAAUGGAUCAAAAAAACUUAAUACCUGUUUUGCAGGAAUUUUCAAAGGAACUUGAAGCAUCAUUGUCUACUGAUGGCAGCAAAAGACUCUUAGAGCUUGAACUUGAAGAGACUAAAGCUGCUCUUGAAACAUGUAAGUCUAAACAACAGGAGCAAGAGGCUGUUGAAGAAAUGCUUAAAAAUGAGCUGAUUUUGAAAGACAGGACCAUAUCUGAGUUUGCUAAGGAAAAAUCUCAGCUAUUGGAACUGAUAAAUCAGCUACAAGAUGAAAAGCAAAAUGGUCCAUCAGCUACUAUUGAUAUCAAUAAAGUAAAGAAAGUGAUCAAUGAUGUUCUUGUUUCUUAUUAUGCUACAUUCAAUUCUUUACCUAAGAGAUCUUUAAAUUAUUUUAUUAGUCAGUUGUUGAUAGUUAGGCUUGUUGGUACUCAAGGCCUUACAAUGGAAGAGGGCAUUGACGAGUUCAAGGCUAGUCUUAGUUUUAAAAAGAAGUUACCUCAAGUGCAGGAGCACUGUCAAAAGUUCGUAAACGCAUUCAGAAGUGUAGGAGGCAUUUAUGCUGAUACAGCAAUAGCUUUAGGUGAGGACUGGAUUGAAGCUAUUAGAAAUGAACUGGGAUUUGAUUUUAAUAUUGAUACUGUGAGACAUUAUGGGUUACACUCAUAUUAUGACUAAAACAUUGUUGUUAAUAAGGUAUACAUGCAUUUAUUAUCACUAUUAUUGUUAUUAUUAGGUGGGUGUGUUGCUAGGUAACUAUAAUUAUUAUCUUAGUAUGGUAUUUCCUGGGUGGGUGUUUUUUUACAUUAAUUUGGUUUUUAGUAUUACAUGAUCAUUAUUUGGUUUUUACUGAUUUUUGUUAUUUUUUUGGUUUGAUGAUAAAAACUUUCCUUGAUACGAGAAAGGAUUUUGCA